AUGGUAAUGCAGGAUUACCAGAAGGUUUUACUACCAAAUUGAAUGAAAUUAUUUGUUCAGUUUCUGAUUCAAUUACCACAAAUUCAUUAAUAGAAGAAUUUGAAGAAAAAUUUGAAAUAGAAGUAUUUGGAAUAGAAGUAUUUAAGGUAGAAGAAUUUGAAAUAGAAAUGUUUGAGGCAGAAGAAUUUGGAGUAGUAUUGGGUAAGUUAUGA